CUCCGCCCCGCCCCGCCCCGCCGCGGCGGUGCCUGCCCGGGCUCGGCGCGCGGCGCUCGGGGCUCGGCGCGCGCAGGGGGAGCGCCCGCCGCUGCCGCCGCCGCCGCCUGGCCCCGCCCGGCACCCGUACCCGCGCCGCCGCCGCUGCCGCCGCCACCGGCCGCACCAUGAUGAAGUUUCGGUUCCGGCGGCAGGGCACCGACCCGCACCGCGACCGCCUCCGGCACGACCUCUUCGCCUUCAGCAAGACGGUGGAGCAUGGCUUCCCCAACCAGCCGAGCUCGCUGGCCUUCGACCCCAAGCUGAGGAUCAUGGCCAUCGGCACCAAGUCGGGAGCGGUGAAGGUCUACGGCGCGCCGGGGGUGGAGUUCACGGGCUUGCACAAGGAGACGGCCACCGUCACGCAGCUGCACUUCCUCCCCGGGCAGGGCUGGCUGCUGUCGCUGCUCGACGACAACACGCUGCACCUCUGGGAGAUCUACCAGAAGGAGGGCUGCUCCCACCUCGAGGAGACGCGCAGCUUCGGCCUGCCGGGACGCCCAGGGUUCGACAGCGCUAACUGCUCCCCCAGCAUCACCCGGGUGACGGUGAUCCUGCUGAAGUCCACCUGUGACGUGGCCUGCCUGGGCACCGAGGGCGGCGGGGUGUACUUCCUCACGCUCCCCGGCCUCGCGCUGCUGGAGGAGAAAACCCUCUUCCAGGAUGAGAUCCUGCAAAGCGUGCCUGACGACUACCGCUGCGGGAAGGCCCUGGGGCCGGUGGAGUCCAUCCAGGAGCACCCCCGGGACCCCAGCAAGCUCCUGAUCGGGUACAGCCGGGGGCUGGUGAUCAUCUGGGACCAGACCACGCGCACCGUUGAUCAUCUCUUCCUGGGGAACCAGCAACUGGAAAGCCUGGCCUGGGAGCACAGCGGCAAGACCAUCGUGAGCUCCCACAGCGACGGGGGCUACAUGGUGUGGGCGGUGAACAGCAGCUGCCAGAAGACCCAGCAGCCCGUCAUGUCCACCAUCCCGUACGGUCCGUUCCCUUGCAAAGCCAUCAACAAAAUCCUGUGGCGAACCUGUGAAUCGGGCAAUCCCUUCAUCAUCUUCAACGGCGGCAUGCCGCGGGCCAGCUACGGCGACCGGCACUGCGUCAGUGUCCUGCAGGGCCAGACCCUCGCCACGCUGGACUUCACCUCCCGCGUCAUCGACUUCUUCACUGUGCAGGGCACAGAGGUGGCUGAGGGAGGCUUCGAGAACCCGCGUGCCCUGGUGGUCCUGGUGGAGGAAGAGCUGGUGGUGAUCGACCUCCAGACUCCGGGCUGGCCCACCAUCCCGGCCCCAUACCUGGCACCUCUCCACUCCUCCGCCAUCACCUGCUCCUAUCACAUCUCCAACGUGCCCCUCAAGCUCUGGGAGAGGAUUAUCAGCGCAGGGGAGCAGCAGAGCCCCCGGCUCUCCUCCGCGAGCUGGCCCAUCAACGGAGGCAAGAACUUGGCCCAGGAGCCCACGCAGAGAGGUCUUCUCCUUACUGGGCACGAGGACGGCACGGUGCGGUUCUGGGACGCCUCGGCGGUGUCCCUCAAGCCGCUCUACAAGCUGGGCACUGCCAACAUCUUCCAGACGGACUGCGAGCACAACGACAGCCUGAACCAGGCCAGCGAGGAGGAGUGGCCGCCCUUCCGGAAGGUGGGCUGCUUUGAUCCCUACAGCGAUGACCCCCGCCUGGGCAUCCAGAAGAUCGCGCUGUGCAAGUACACGGCCAAGAUGGUGGUGGCUGGCACUGCUGGGCAGGUGCUGGUCAUGGAGCUCAGCGACGAGAAGUCGGAGCAUGCCGUCAGCGUGGCCACGGUCGACCUGCUGCAGGACCGCGAGGGCUUCACCUGGAAGGGCCACGACCGGCUGGCACCCAAGAACGGCCCCGUGGCCUUCGCCCCCGGCUUCCAGCCCAGCGUGCUGGUGCAGUGCGUGCCGCCGGCCGCCGUCACUGCCGUGACGCUUCACUCCGAGUGGAACCUCGUGGCCUUCGGCACCAGCCACGGCUUCGGCCUCUUCGACUACUACAGACGCAACCCGGUGCUGGCCAGGUGUACGCUGCACCCCAACGACUCCCUGGCCAUGGAGGGCCCCCUGUCCCGCGUGAAGUCCCUCAAGAAGUCCCUGCGGCAGUCCUUCCGCCGGAUCCGCAAGAGCAGGGUGUCGGGCAAGAAGAGGGUCAACGCCAACAGCCCGUCCAGCAAGGUGCAGGAAGCCAAUGCCCAGCUGGCUGAGCAGGCCGGGCCCCCGGAGGUGGAGAUGACACCCGUGCAGAGGCGGAUCGAGCCGCGCUCGCCGGACGACUCGCUCUCAGGGGUGGUGCGUUGCCUCUACUUCGCGGAUACCUUCCUCCGAGACGCGGCCCAUCACGGCCCCACGAUGUGGGCAGGGACCAACUCGGGCUCGGUGUUCGCCUACGCCCUGGAGGUGCCGUCGCAGGAGAAAUUCUCGGAGCGCGCGGUGGAGGCGGUGCUGGGCAAAGAGAUCCAGCUGAUGCACCGGGCGCCUGUGGUGGCCAUCGCCGUGCUGGACGGGCGGGGGAACCCGCUGCCCGAGCCCUACGAGGUCUCACGGGACUUGGCCAAAGCCCCCGACAUGCAGGGCAGCCACUCCAUGCUCAUCUCCUCGGAGGAGCAGUUCAAGGUGUUCACGCUGCCCAAGGUGAGCGCCAAGACCAAGUUCAAGCUGACGGCGCACGAGGGCUGCCGGGUGCGGAAGGUGGCCCUGGUGAGCUUUGCCAGCGCCACUUCCGAGGACUACGCGGAGAACUGCCUGGCCUGUCUCACCAACCUGGGCGACAUCCACAUCUUCACGGUGCCUGGCCUGCGGCCCCAGGUCCACUACGGCUGCAUCCGCAAGGAGGACAUCAGCGGCAUCGCCUCCUGCGUCUUCACCAAGCAUGGCCAAGGUUUCUACCUGAUCUCACCAUCCGAAUUUGAACGCUUCUCCCUGAGCACCAGGAACGUGACGGAGCCGCUGUGCUCCCUGGAGGUCUCCAGGCUCCAGGACACCUCCUGUCUCAGCAACAACUUCAUGGUGACGCCAAAGCUGCCGCAGGCGAACGGCACCCACGUCCCCCACAGCCCCGAGGCCAAUCACUCCCCCGCCGACAGUGACCGGUCCCCCGAGGAGCACCAGGCCGCCUUCUCCCCCGGCCCCGUCGACUCUCCCAACAGCAGCAUGGAGAACCCGCUGGACACCACCGGGGACAUCACCGUGGAGGAAGUGAAGGAUUUUCUGGCGUCCUCGGAGGAAGCAGAGAGGAACCUGAGGAACGCGAGCGAGGACGAGGCCCGGCCCGCGGGGAUCCUCAUCAAGUGAGGGAUCGCCGGUGCCCCAGGCCUCCCCAGCCCAUCUCAGUGCUCGGAUUCCCGGGACGCGCGACUCGACUGGACUCUCCCCAGCGCCCCUCCGCGUAACGUAGACUCGCCUCUUCUCUAACAUCCGCACUGGCCGCCGGCGCGCCCCGGCUCCGGCACGUCCCUUCCCCACGCCUCCCUCUCGGCCUCCGCCGCCGGCCCCGAUCCGCGGGGGCCGCACGCCCUCUCCGCCUCGGGGGCUUGGGCGGCCCCUCGCCGGGGGCCACGUCGCACAAACUCUUCCCGGGGAAGAUAUUUUUUUAUACGGUCGAGUGUAACUUGUCCCCUGCUCCAGAGCCCCGUUCCCAGGGGCUGCUGCUGCCCGGCUCCGCGGGGAGGGCCGGGGGCGGCGGUUGUGCCCUGCGCCCGCCGGCUGGGUUUGGCCCCUCGAGGAGGCAUGGAGCGAAGGGAGGCCGGGAGCCCUCGGGCACAGCGCCGCGGACCCUCGUCUCUGUUUACACGCCCGGCUCCCUGCAGUUUACAGCCCCGAUCCCUGGGCGCGCGCGAGGAGGCUCCGGGCUGCUGCACGGGGACCGUCCCCUCUCCUGGGGGCUGCUGCUCCCCGGGGUGGGCAUGCGCCCGAGCCCCGCGGGGGGACGGGUCUCUGCUCCGGUGCCGGGGUGCUCGAGCAGCCCGGGGAGGGCACGGCGGGGGGGGUCACAGGUGGCCUUUUUCUUAGUGGCUUCUCCAAGGGCUAUUUUCCAGGCCGGGCUCUCUGCCUGCUGCUCCUUUCCAACACUAAUUCCUGCCACGGGCAGGUUUGGGAUGGGAUCUCACUGGGUGGGUGGGGGGAGAACCGCUGGCUCCUGGCCGGUGGGGCACGGAGCCACCCUGGGGGUGGCCCGGCCCCUCUCCCUCCUCCUGCUCUGGGCUGGGGGUGUCACUGUGCCAAAUCCCUGCUGGGCUCCCCCCCCCCCCGGCUCUGUCCUUGCAGGGGAUGGCGGUGACACUGGCUCUGUCCCUCCGUGGCUCUGGGCUUAGCCUAGCGCCUGCCCCUUGCUGCAGGGACCAGUGGGACCCAUGGGACCCAGCCCCAGGCACCCAGGGCCCCUUCUGCCCCCCCGGGCUCUCUUGCGGUACGUGUGUGGCCGGGGGCCGGGGAGCGGCAGCGCUGCCCCGGGUCCCCUUGCUGCCAGCCGGGGUUGUAGUGUCCCUGGUAGAACAACCCCCACCCCCCACACACCUUGUCCCUUUUUUUUUUUUUUUUUUUUUUUUUUUUUUUUUUGGUAAGAUGAAUUUAGCAUUGUUUAGUUAUUAAAAAUACUGGUUUUUAAUAUUGAAAAUAAAGCAUUUAAUAUCA